UCCGUCUCGGCAUUUUCUAUUGGCUGAACAACCUACGGGUCCACUAGUGGGCCAAACUACCUGACAAAUAUUGUCAAUAUUUCAAACCAGUCGAAGAGGAAGGUUUUAGAAAUGAAUGGAAGUGGAGCUGUGCCACUAUAAAACCAAAAUCUGUAACAAAAAAAGCUUAGGCUAGAUUCUGUAUGAUAAUUGAACAUUCGACGAAAUUAGACGAUCGCAUUUUAUCUCAUACUACCAGCUCUAGUCUCGUCAGUUAGCUAGACAGCUACUUUGCUAGCUAGCUAGCUAGCUUAGGCAGACAUGGCUGCUGUCCUAUUGAAAGUUCCAACCCUUCAGGGUUUGAAAAUAUUCCAACAGAAACUAGUAUGGACCAAAGGAACGGUCAGAUUGGCUUCAGCAGGUCAAGGCAGGAUAGAAAAGGUUCUUAUUGCCAACCGUGGAGAGAUUGCCUGUCGUGUGAUGAGAACAGCCAAGAAGAUGGGGGUUCGCUCUGUGGCAGUGUACAGCGAGGCAGACCGUCACUCCAUGCAUGUUGCCAUGGCAGAUGAGGCCUACCACAUCGGACCAGCAGCCUCUCAACAAAGCUACCUCUCCAUGGAGAAGGUUCUGGAAGUGGCCAAGGCAUCAGGCUCCCAUGCUGUGCACCCGGGGUACGGGUUCCUGUCAGAGAGCACAGAGUUUGCUGAGGCGUGCAAACAGGAAGGCAUCAUCUUCAUCGGCCCUCCGUCCUCUGCCAUCAGAGACAUGGGCAUCAAGAGCACAUCCAAAUACAUCAUGUCAGCCGCGGGCGUGCCCAUCAUCGAGGGUUACCAUGGAGAGGACCAAUCGGAUGAGAAGCUUCAAGCUGAGGCUGUCCGUAUUGGCUACCCUGUGAUGAUCAAGGCAGUGCGUGGUGGUGGGGGGAAGGGGAUGCGUAUCGCUCGUUCGGACGCAGACUUCCUGGAGCAGCUGGAGUCGGCCAGAAGAGAGGCCCGCAAGUCGUUCAACGACGACGUCAUGCUGGUGGAGAAGUUUGUCGAGGAUCCCAGGCACGUGGAGGUGCAGGUGUUCGGGGACCAGCACGGGAACGUUGUCUACCUGUUUGAGAGGGACUGCAGCGUUCAGAGGAGACACCAGAAGAUCAUCGAGGAAGCUCCAGGGCCUGGGAUCAGCCCUGAGGUGAGGAGGAGGCUGGGGGAGGCGGCCGUCAAAGCAGCCCUGGCCGUCAACUACGUAGGAGCAGGCACCGUGGAGUUCAUUAUGGACGCCCAGCACAACUUCUACUUCAUGGAGAUGAACACGCGUCUGCAGGUGGAGCACCCCGUCUCGGAGAUGAUCACGGGGACCGACCUGGUGGAGUGGCAACUGAGGGUGGCAGCAGGGGAGCGUCUGCCCCUGCUCCAGGACGACAUUGAGCUGAUGGGACACUCGUUUGAGGCCAGGAUCUACGCCGAGGACCCCGACAACGACUUCAUGCCCGGGGCGGGGCCCCUGCUGCACCUGUCCACGCCACACGCCGACGACUGCACACGCAUCGAGACCGGCGUCAGGGAAGGAGAUGAGGUUUCCGCUCACUACGACCCGAUGAUCGCCAAGCUGGUGGUGUGGGGAGAGGACCGCUCUGCAGCCCUGAAGAAGCUCCGGUUCUGUCUCCGACAGUACAAUAUCGUGGGGCUCAGCACCAACAUAGACUUCCUGCUGAGUCUGUCCGGCCACCCCGAGUUCGAGGCGGGGAACGUGACCACCUGCUUCAUCCCCCAGCACUACGCUGACCUCUUCCCCGCUCCCCGAGCCCCGUCCCGGGCCACGCUGUGCCAGGCUGCCCUGGGGCUCAUCCUCCGGGAGAGGGCCCACACCUGGGACUUUGCCCACGCCUCCGGCGAUCCAUUCAGCCCUUUUGCAUCCAGUAGUGGGCGGAGACUGAACAUUCUGUACAGCAGGAAGAUGACCCUGCAGCUUGGGGACCAGAAGGUGGAGCUGGUUGUUACAUACAAACCAGACGGGACUUUCAGUAUGGAGGUUGAAGGAGAGCUGUUCCACGUGAAGGGAGAGGUGGAGACGGAGGGAGGAGCCACCUUCCUCCACUGCUCCGUCAACGGGGUCAAGUCCCGCCCCAAACUGGUCCUCCUGGACAACACCGUCCACCUGUUCUCCAUGGAGGGCAGUGCCCAGGUGAGCCUGCCCGUACCCAAGCACCUGGUGGGAGUGAGCGGCUCAGGGGCCCAGGGGGGCGCCCUGGCCCCCAUGACUGGCACUAUCGAGAAGGUGCUGGUGAAGGCUGGAGACAAGGUGGAGGCGGGAGAUCCGCUGAUGAUGAUGAUAGCCAUGAAGAUGGAGCACACCAUCCGAGCUCCCAAGGCUGGCGUGAUCAAGAAGGUCUUCUUCAAGGAGGGCUCUCAGGCCAAUCGGCACGCGGCGCUGGUGGAGUUUGAGCAGGAAGAGGAGGGCGAGGAAUAAACCCCCGUCCCACACACACUGCUGCCAGAGUGUGUUUGAGGGAGAAAAUAACGUUACCGUAGAAACCACAGACCCUGAGCAGGGUCUGCAUCUUCUAGAUGUUUUCUUUCCUUAGCCUAAAUCAAACCUUGCAUAAUGUUGUGUCACUUUGCAGAUUAGGAAUUUAAAAUGUGACUCGACACAGGUACAGUAUAUAAACUUUCAAAUUCAAACCAUUAGGACUGAGGCGUACGGGAGCGAUUGCGUUAAGAUCUUCAGGAGAUGGGACUAGCCCACUGCUGCACAACCCAAGGGGGGGAUGCACUAGCGGUCUAUAGGGAUCACCAUGUACAGAGGCCUUUCACAUAUCAGGAAGAAAAGCAUGGCAGUGUCGAUUUCAAAGUAUUACCUUUUGUUUUGUUUUUCUAAUCUCCAGUUUCUGAUGGAAUGACGUGCUGUAACGGUAGCUUAGUUUGGACUUUUCUACUCCUCUCCUCCGCCAAGUGCACUUUUUCUCCUUCUUAUGCUUGAGUGACGGGGUCCUGUCACGGUAUCUGAUGGAACAUGCCUCUCUUCCUCUACCCCGCCUCUCUUCCUCUACCCCGCCUCUCUUCCACUACCCCGCCUCUCUUCCUCUACCCCGCCUCUCUUCCUCUACCCCGCCUCUCUUCCUCUACCCUUCCCCCCUCUGCCUCCUUUUGUGUUGUGUCCGUCACGCAUCGCCACAUCUUCCAGGCCUGUCGGAGGAGAUCGUAGCGACGGUAUAGCUUCUGUGCUGUUCAAAUGAUCUACAAAUCAGCCGUCGGCUUGAAAACCGAGUCCUCCUGAUUGGUUGAUUAGUCUGACGGGCCAGUCUUCAUGAUCUGCUGUGAUCACAUCUCCUGUCAUGUGACGUUGGGGUCAUCGUGUUGACCGUAUGAGCUAGUCAUCAGGCGUGCAGGAGAGACACUGGUCAGGAUCGGAUGACUCAUUCACACUCCUGUGAUGUGUGUGGCGAUACGGAUGACUGUCUACUAACUCGUGUGAUUUGAGGUCACUCAUCCAGUUACUAUGUAUAUUCAUGUUUCCUUGUAGAGUUUGGUUACUUAAAUAAUGGCUUUUCUCUGUGUUAUUGGGUGGGUCGAAUACUGUAAUAAAAAAAUAAAAAAAG